ACUGCCGAAAAACAGGCAUUAAAUUAGUCCUACACAAGGUGACCGGGCAGCAUACGUGCUGGGGGGUUGGGGGGGGGUGACAGCUAGUCACGCACCGCAAGUCUGAUGCGCCUACGUACCUGGUCUGGAUUGAGAGCAGCCCGCACAGGUGUAGGUGAUAUGUAUACUUAAUUGGUUCGGUCGCAGCCAGGCAGCGUGGAUAAUAGUGAUCGGCGGCUGAGGGACGCGUUUGACACGGGAACUAAUGAGCUACCUAAGUAUGAGCAGAGGGCCACCCAAUGGACAAACCUGGGAGCGAAUCAUUCCAAUCUUAUGAAACUUCAGCGUCUGAGAGGUUCAAGGAUGAUCGUAAAGCUGAACCUACUAGAGGGAAGCGCUGCCCCUCUUCUGAAAAGAGACGUGAGCUCCAACCUUCUCUUCACUCUCACAAGGAACAAAGACGGAGGUUGGGCUUAGUCAGUUCCAGGCUUCAAAUCAGAGCAUCUUGCCAACGCUUGUGUGACCUCCUGCCCUUUGUCAAUUGUCAGUUAGACACAGCAACGACACUGGAGCUCACUGCAAGGUACAUGAGCUACCUGAAGGAAACUCUGCCUCCAGACAUCCUGUCUAAAGUUAAUAGAGCAGUUGAGGAAAACGUGGGUGGUUUGUGGAAAAACACACAGAGACCACAGAAAAAACGAAGAACAGUCAGGCUAAAGAAGAACACAUCAAAAAGAGCAAAGCCUGCUGCUAAGAAGGCAACUGAGAAUCAUGUUUCAAGAAGAUGCACUCCGCAUGAGAACUGUAAAAAACAAAAUCAGCCAUCCAUCACAAUAACUAAUCCUCUGACAAUGGAUCAGCUGCUUCCUACAGCAGAAGGCCUGACCACAGCGCAUGCCCCGCCAAUACUGUUGGACAAAUCGGCCGUUCCCUGGGGACAAAUGCUGCCAGUGUGCCAGGAUCAGUUCCUCUCUGCGUCAUUUCAGUCUGUGGAAAAUAACUGGCUGAAGCCAACCUCUGCAUUUAUGAACCCCACUUCAUGUGCUUUCACAUCAGAAAUAAUCAGCAGCUCUUUACCACAGACGGGACUGGACCCAUCUUCAAGCCAUGUAGUAUUGGAUGUACCUCCUGGUCCGGCGGACCCCGUUUCUCUUUCAUCAGUGACUCUUGGCCCAGCCUACAACCCACCUGAACCGACUACUGUAGCAAAUUUCAUUUUACCCCCAGGAGAUCCGAGUCAAAUUGAUUCACCCCUGGUUGGUCUAACUGACAGUGUUUCAGCAGUAGAUUUUACAAACCAACCACUUGUCCCAUUGUCUGUGUUUCAAAGUGCAGCAUCAAUUGCUGAGAAUGGAAAUCAGCCAGUGCCAGAUGCUCUGUGUGAUUCAAGACUCCUUCAGGAGAGUGACCUCUAUAGUAGUAGCCCUUUGACAGACAGUCCGCAGGAUGGGGUCAGUCCCUUUUGGCUGGAUUUGCUGCUGGAUGCCAGUGGUAACUUGAGCUUCCCUGAUGCUAAUCUUGUAAACACGGUUCUUUCACCUUACACAGGGUCCAACUAGCUAUAUGGCUGGAAAUGUCACUAAUGAUAUGCUUCAUAUAUAUGUGUAUAUUUGCAGUUUCAAAUGGUCAAAUUCUAGAGAAAUAGAUGUGGAUGUAUUGGUUAGUGUUUUUUCUUUUAUUGCCUACAUUUUAUAAUUGUCUACACUGCAUGUGAAAGACAGAAUUUUUUUUUUUCAACAGUCUCUAUUGAGCUAGAGCUGCAUUGAUGUCAUUUGUUUUGAACGGGUCUACAUAAAGUAGCUUGGCAUGCAAUGCAUGUCUAUAUACGGUAGGUGCAGUCUGUGCACAGACAUUGUACCGUCUUCUUCAGUGUCAGUGAGGUCUGUGUGCUGCAUAGUAUGCAGACCUCAAUAAAGGCAUUUACUUGUCAUUUUUUUCCAUAUGGAGUAAAAGUGCAGUUUUUCCCAAAUUUUUUUUGUCAAAAAAAUUACAGAUGGGAUUUCCAACUGUAUUAAUCCUUAGUUUUUCAGCAGAAUAUUGCAAGAAUUAUGGCAGUCAUGCAUCUCUUUAAUUUUUGAGGUACAGUAAAUAAAGAUCAGUCAUAUUUUGUAUUUUUCAGACAAUUUUAAAAGUGUCCAGUCUGUAUAGUGGAUUAUUUGUGUUAAAUCAAUGGGAAACCAUGUGAGGACCAUGUUUUUGUCUUAGAGUUGAAUAAAAUGUUUUCUUCAGUA